GCAUGCUACUGCCCUCACAACGCACAGAAAGAUUAGAGGCGGAGAGAGCCAAAGAACGGGGCGGAACCUUUUUUCACGUCUCAGUUCCAGGAAGGAUUUAUUUUUUUGUAACACACUUGCUAUGGCUGUCAAAGCACAGACGUCCUAGUUUAUGUAGAGUUGACUUCUUUCUACUAGCUGUGGUGUUGCAUUAAUGCAGCAGUUUUGCAGAUGUGAUGUCAGAUAAGCGCCAGCGUGCCAGAGUCCAGGGCUCCUGGGCCAAACAACUGCCAAAACACUCAGGACCAACAGGUACAGUCCCAAACAACCAACAACCCAAAAGUGUCAACCCAGCCCUUGCUUCUUGGGGAUUUGGGCCACAGAAAACACCUAAGACAUUUGAGUUUCACCAGCCCACCAAGCCAAUUAGAGAUGUUCCACCAGAGAAGGUGAUAGAACAGGCAGGUGAUCAUGAGAUCAGCCAUGGACCAUCAGGAGUGUCCAGACUGCAGCUGCUGCCUGCGUUUCUUCACCCAGAAAACGCGGACUGGAUGUUCAGUAAGCUGUUAGCAGAGCUUCCUUGGUCCCAGAAGACCAACUACAGACAGGAAACAGAGAUACACCAAGACCAACAGAGGAAGACAGACAGAGAGAAGUUGGAUUUAGAUGUUUACGGUGAGGCAUACGAGGAGCCCAGGCUGACUUGCUGGUAUGGAGAGUUACCUUAUACAUAUGCUCGCUCCACAAUGGCUGCUAACACGCAGUGGCAUCCAUUGCUGUUAACCCUUCGUGAGACAGUGGAGCAGGUGAGCGGAUGCAGCUUCAACUCACUGCUGUGUAACCUAUAUCGGGACGGCCAUGACAGCAUUGGCUGGCACAGUGACGAUGAGGCCUCCUUGGGUGACAAGCCCACCAUUGCCUCCCUCAGUCUGGGUGACACCAGAGUGUUCAGCCUCCGCAAGCAGCCUCCACCGGAGGAGAAUGGUGACUACACUUAUGUGGAGCGGAUUCGGGUUCCUCUGCAUCACGGGACACUUCUGCUGAUGGCAGGAGCCACACAAGAUGAUUGGCAGCAUCAAGUGGCUAAAGAGUACCAUGACCGAGGCCCACGCAUCAACUUGACCUUCAGAACUAUUUAUGCAGAGCCAGAGGGCCACAUGGCGGGGACCAAGCUAUGAUUCACAGCCAAGCAACCGUAAAUGCCCCUCAGAGGCAGGUACUUAAGGCUGAGGAAACUGUGAGUGUGUGAACAAGACUUAAGCUAAUGAAUGAUGGAGAGAUUUUGCCAAACAAGGCUAAGUAGUGUGUGAACGUCAUUGUCCUUCUCAGUGAGCUUUUUCUCAGUAAGCAAUUUCAGCUGUUUGAAACAAGUCUUGCAAAAACAUCACUGAGUUACAGGCCACAGUAUGAAUAACAGCUCUCUCCAACUUAAACAGGGAGAUUUGCAGCUCUGCCUGAAUUCGCCUGUUGCAUAAACAAACCAUAAUAACACUGCAGUCCUGACCAGUGGUGAUUAUCAGAUAUCAGUGUUUUCAGAGAAGCUAAGCAGAAGAAUGUUUGAUAAUGAAGACUUGAUAAAAUGACAGCUCUACAUAUUACUUUGACUUUAUUUAUUUAUUCAGCACAAACAGUUGUUUAUGUUCAUUUCAGACAAUAAUUUAAUAAAAUCUUUGGUUAGUACACCAAACUCAAAAUCAUUUUGACCCAAAUGACAUGUCAUGAAAUGUGUCUUUAUGAAAGACAGUGUCCCGUGUUCACUGCGCAGCAAGUCACUGUCGAUGUGACUUAUGGUGAAAUGCCCUAAAAUGUAAAUUAUUUUCUGCCUUGUUAAUCUUGGGGAGCUUUUUGGAGAGAACAUUGCUAUUGCUAUAAAAAGGGAAGGAACAAGUAAAUUGGCCACUUAGGCCAAUUACAGCUCCAUCAGGAUUGGAAUUAUUUAAUUUCAAGUUCAACAAGGUUUCACUGACCAGUCCAUCAAAGAGGUAGUUCAUGUUUUUCAAAACCUCUAUCUCAUGAACCAGAAUCGUUAAAGUCCAUUUAAGACAUGCUUACACAAGUGUUUUGAGACAGCAUAUGCAUAGUUUAACAAAAGAAGUCAAUAUAGUUGCAUUUUCAACUGAAUAAUGAUGUAUACUGUGUAUGAAAUGUAUACUUGUACAGUACUGUAUGAGCAACAGCUAACCAAGGAAAAAUGUUUUGAGUGAUGUGUGAUUGUCUACACUAAACUUUGUUGUUGAUCAGUUGUGAAACAUCUUUUUGUUUUAUUUGAAAUGACUGAAGGUACAUUUAGUAAAUAUUGAAUGGUAAAUCAGAUUGUUAGAAACCUGAACUAUCCCUUUAUACCUUGUAUGUUGUACUUUUGGAUACCAAUCAGUCCUGUAUAUUGUUCAUUGAUGUCACUGACAUUAGAGCUAGCUGCUGUUCAAUAUGAAUACUAGUUCUAACAUUUUCAUUAGAACCUUUCUUUGGCAAAUGAAUAAAUGGAGAAAACUAUUUCAUUGUUUCUAGAAAAUAUCCCCUUUUAGACACAGAAUCUGUUACAUUGCUGGAUUUAUCUUUCUCUUGAAAUUGUAGCUAACUUGGUCUAGAAUUCUGUUUGGUUUUUUUUAUCUAACAGUUGAAGCAUCUACAUUUACAAAAGACAUCACACAAUGCAAAUUAAAUCAAGAAGGCCAUGCAUACCAUACUACAGACACAUCAAAGAAAGCUCACCUGGUAGAGCAAGUACCAUGUAUCAAGCCUGAGUCCUUCCGGGUUUGAGUCCGACCCGGGCCCUUUGUUGCAUGUCAUCCCCUCUCUCUCCCCUGCCUUUCCUGUCUCUCUCUACUGUCUCUAUCAAAUAAAGUCAAAAAAAUCAUCAUCAACAAAAAACAAAUUCACAUGGCUAUGGUUUGCUAUAGCGACAUGUUAACUCAGUGGUAAAGGUACAGAAGAAUCCCACAGCCAUAAAGAAAUAAACAUGAUAAGCUAAAGAAACAGAAGGGAAGUGUUCAGCAGUUAAGUGUUCACGGCAAAGUCACCAACACAAUUAAAACCUAAAGCGUGCUAAUUCCUGUAGAUAUAAGGUCUCUACACAUGCCUCCCGGUUCCAUGUUGAUUUUGUUCAAACAUGACAUUAGUGUAACAGAGAGGACAACUAUACUCACACUAUUGGCAUUUUGGCAGAUUACCAGAGCAUCUUUUUAUGGAAAAACGACUUCCUAUUCCAACAUGACAUUGACAUCUAAAAUUGCAUGAAUUGAGGAGUGUAUGUCUUAGGGGGGAAUACACACUACUCUGACUGCCCACAUGAUGCGACUUUCUGUUUAUUUUGUAACACUAAAGAGAUGCAAGAGGUGUUCUUGAUUGCUGUGGUUCUGAAAUAAACAAUUACUUCUCUGAA